AUGGUGGGCAGCCCUCCGGCGCCGGCAUCUCCACGCUUAGGGGCCGGUCUCCAACACUUCCAGCAGCAGCAGCUCCAGCAGCUCCAGCUCCAGCAACAGCAGCAGCAGCAGCAGCAGCAGCAGCAGCAACAACAACAGCAGCAGCAACAACAACAACAACAGCAGCAGCAACAACAGCAGCAGCUCCAACUCCAGCUCCAGCUCCAGCAGCAGCAGCAGCUCCAGCAACAACAGCAGCAACAGCUCCAGCAGCAGCAGCUCCAGCAACAGCAGCUCCAGCAGCAGCAGCAACAACAGCUCCAGCAGCAGCUCCAGCAGCAGCUUCAACAGCAGCAGCUCCAACAGCAGCAGCUCCAACAGCAACAGCUCCAACAGCAACAACAGCAACAACAACAACAGCAACAGCAGCAGCAGCAGCAGCAGCACUUUCAACAGCAGCAGCAGCAGGCCCAAUUUCAACUUCACCACCAAAAUUUGCAGUCCCAGCAGCAGCAGCAGCAGCAGCGCCUGCCACAGCCGGCGCUCCUGCAGCCGGCGCUGUUUCAGCGCACACAGUCGCAGGCUCAGGCGCAGCAGUUCACCCCUCGCCAGCAGUAUGGCCUGCUGGCUCUGCAAGAGGCCCAGGCCCAACAGCAACAGCAGGAGCAUCUACCGUACCAGUUUCAUCAGCAGGGCCUUCUUCAGCUUCACCAGCAGCCCCGGCUCCAGCAGCAGGUCCAGCAAUCGCAAGCUCUUCCCCUCUCACAGCAAGAUAUCCACAGCACCCUCAAUCAGCAGCAGCAGCAGCAGCAGCAGCAGCAGGCCUUCUCCCAGCCGGCCAUCGUGGCGGGAUACGAGCACCCGGUGCUGUACCUGCAGUCGCAUCCGUCCUCGGCUGGGUCCUCAACCGUGUCGACCCCCUCAACCGUGUCGGCCCCCUCCACCUCCCAUGCAGCCAUGGAUCCGGCACAUGCGCUGUUCCACUUCCAGCCGCCGCUCCAGGGUCCCCGCGUGGUGGAACUGCCAACUGGCAUUCGAGCAGACGGCAACUGGGCCACCGCCGUGACCAACCAUCCUCUCAUCGACUCGAUGACCAUCCCCAAACCGCCCCCGCCAUCACAGGCCGCCCGCGUGGUCAAUCAGCGGACCUACUCGGUGAAGGCCAAGCUCGCGGUCAACACCACCACCAACAAGCACUACCGCAAUGAGCAGGCCGUGCUCAAGUGGGGCACCAAUCACCUGAAGGACCUCGGCAAGCCCGAGGCCCAGGUGUCCGUGGCCAUCCGCCAGUGCCGGUAUCUGCGCACCCUGCAGAAUGCCUUCCACUUCGAUUACUCGCAACUGUCGCUCGACGAAUUGGUCCAGCCGCGGACCGCCGCCUCGGCCCUUCCCUCCCCCUCGCUGGGGGCCGACCAUCCCGGGGGCGUGAUGGCUUCGGGGCUGGGCCCGGCGGUGCCGGGCGGCCUGGCCGGACCACAUCACCACCCGGGCCUGGCUCCGUCGCCCACCUCCUCGGUGGUGCACUCGCCACUGAGCCCCCUGGCCGUGGCCUCGGCUGGGGGGCCCAUCAUCGGGACCUAUCCGCCGCACGCGGGCCACAUGCUGCCGGCGUCCAUGCUCCCCCCUCGGCCGCUGUCCAUGGCGAACUUCGUGCGCGAGGCCGCCCGGCUGAUGAAGGGCAGCGGCCCGCGCACCCGCAAGCUGGAUGCGGCCAACUUGAACUCCAUCCGCAAAUGGGCCGAGGUGGUGUUCCUCCCACGCGGGCUUUUCAUGGUCGGACCGCCGACGCGCGUCAUCUCGCCGGAUGAGAACUCCAUCUCCCCGAGCCCCACUUCGCCCACAUUCAGGCGCCCGAAUGCCGGGGAGGCCCCACACCCGUUCCAGGUGGCGGCCAAUGCCACCCCGCAAGCCGGGUUACUCCACUCCAACCCGGCGGCCAUGCACAUGCAGCAGCCCUUCCACAUGCAGGCCCACUCCGCGGCGCACCUUCAAAAUUCCUACCACCACCAUCCCCACCACCCCCACCAGCAGCCGGCGUCGUCCAUGGUGCUGGCGGCCGGCGGGGGCGUGCUCCCGCACGGCGGUGCCCUGCAGGAUGACUGUGGCGCGGUCACAUCGGCCGAUCUGGCCGCCUCCUCGCCGGUCUCCGACCCCCGGGUGACGGAGCGUGUCUUCCGGUUACUCUUCUCCAUUCUCAUGCACAUCCACGAGAAUCUGGUGUCCUCGCCCAGUCGCGCGGCCUACCUCGACGCCAACCACUUCCCGCAGGGGACCAAGCUCGAGCGCAUCAUCUGGCCGCCGAUGGCCACCACCGCCGAGGGCGGGCCCACCGGCGGCGCCGGCGCCGGCAAUCCGCCCCCCGGCAAGCAGGCGCUCCCCACCGGGGGCAAGCGCACGCGCAAUGCCCAUGACGACCACUCGGCGAUGGGGGGCGCACCGGACUCGGCCGCUGCGGCCGCCAUUUCCCCCUCCUCGGCCUCCUCCUCUUCGUGCCAGCUGCUGGAUGUCGACCCCGCCACCGCCAUCAUCGGGCCCGGCGGCUCCGGGCAUCCCCGCUUUGGCGAUGGCAAUGCCGACGGCUCGCCCGCCCUCAAGCGCUCGCGGCCGGAUGGCACCGGCGGCGGGACGCCACUUGGCCGCCGGGCGUCGGCCUCCUCGCCGUCGGAGCUGGACCUGGCCGCCAUGGCCGGCGGCGGUGGCAGUGCCACCGGCGGGGGCGGCUGCUCCGCCGCCAACAGCGGCGCCAACAUCAGCCUCUUCGAUUUUCUCAACUGCACCGUGACCAACCUCCCGUCCAUCGGCGGUGCGGUGCCGACCCCGGCCCCCGGCGUCGGCAAGGAUGACAGCCUGGUCAUGCCGACCCUCGGGCAGCUGUACCUCAUCUCCCACCUCCUCUCCUUCUACCCGCCGGAUUCGCAACGCCUGCAGGAUUCGCCCGUGUCCCCGCGGGCGGGUGACCCGCCGGGCGGCGUGGGGGGCGCCGAUGACGAUCUGUCCGGCGAUGCUGCUCGGUCAUCACUGGCCGGGGCCGGCGCGGCCUCGGUCCCGGACAGCUCAUCUCCGGAUGUCGCCAACGCAGCUCUUUCCGUGCGCCCCCCGUCGGCUGGACAGCCUCGUGGCGUCCGGCACCCCGGGGCCCCGGGAACCGAUGGAUUCCUGCGAAUUGUCACUGCGCCGCUGCAGCAACAGCAGCAGUCUGCCGGCACGCGGCCCCUGACCGCACGCUACUCCAUGUCUCCCUCCCCUUCGCUGGCCCGGCAGUCGCAGUACUCCCUGUCCUCGAACUCGAGCUCGCCCAUGACGUCGGUCCCCUCGUCGGCCCUUGUGUCGGCGACUUCCUCGGCGGCCUCCUCGCCCAGCAGUGCCACCGUCGCCGGCGGGCUCCCGCCGCCCCAGCUGUCGGUCACCAUUCCGCCCCCGAUGUCGGGGCUCGGUGGUGGCGGCCCGGACUCUUCGGGCCUCAGUCGGUCGACCAGCUCGCCCGGGCUCCUGAUGAAUAACCUCUCCUCGCCGGUGGUCAUCGGCUCUUCGGCCGCUGCGCGAGUCCAAUCGCAGCAGCAGCAGCAGCAGCAGCAGCAGCAGCAACCCCUGGCGCCCUUCCAUGGUGCCGGCAAUGCCGGGCUCCAGAUGAUGGCCGGCGGGAAUGGCGGCGGCCCCCCGACGGCGACGGCCCCGCACCAGGCCCCGCUGCAGUUCAAGCAGCAGUCCUCCGCCUUGGGCAAUGGUGGCGGCGGGCCUGGCGCCCGUGCUGGCGCCCUGUCGAGCGGCAUGCACCAGCCGCAGCUGACCAUCGACACGUCGGUUUCCGGGGCCACAUCCCCGACUCAGGCCCAGCAGCACCCGGCCCUGGUGGCGGCAGCCUAUCACGGCGGGCUGGUGGCCGGUCAUGGGGGCAGCGCCGGUGGCGGCGGCAACAGCGCCGGCUCCCAGACCGGCUUCCCCUCCCUCGGCCAGGGGGCCAUGUCGCAGCCAUCUGAGCAACAGCAGCAGCAGCUCCAGCUCCUGCAGUCGGGCCAGGUGACGCCGAUCACGGCGACCGGCACGUCCGGCAAUUGCGGCGGCGGCGGCGGCGGCGGCGGCGGCGGCGGCGUUGCCAUGGUCCAUGGCCAGCAAUUCCACUCGGCCGCCGGAAUGGCCGGCGUCUAUGUCCCUGGCGCCCAGGAUCCCUCCGUAGCCGGCCCCGGCCCGACGGGCCAGCUCCCGUCGCCCUACCGCGACUCGAUGGCAGCGAUCCAGCUGGCAGCGUCGGCGGCGGCUGCUGCUGACGCCAGCAACCCCGGUACGCCGGUGAUCGAUGCCCGUCGACUGAUGGCCUUGGCGGUGUCCGGUGGCCCGGCGACCUCCCCCACUGGCACCGGCGGCGUGCCGGCCCUGCUGCCUCCGGGCCAUAUGACCGGUCACCGGCAUUGAGGCCGGGAGGCAAAGAGAGAGAGAGAGAGAGAGA